AUGAGAAAAUUAUGGAAGUUGACAAAACAAGAAGCACAUUUAAUGAGGAGUUAUCCUCCAACAAUCACUCAUUUUGGAUUAACCUUUGGUGAGAUCAAAGGUGGAGCCACCUUAGGACCAGGAACGCUCACUAUAGUCAAUAGUCGCGUAUGGUUCGAUCACGUCACCUUCUCCAACACUUUCGUCUUUUAUUUCCUCUCUCACUCUCAUUUUGUUGUGAAAGUUACGAAGUUUAGUGGCUGUGUUCUUCAUCUUUACCCAUCAACACCAUCAAAGAAAGCAGAGGGCGGAUCAUAA